AUUUUUGUGAACUAUUAUAAGGGCCGCCUGCUUCGAAACUUGAACGCGCCAAGAUGGAAGACUCCGUGUAUGUAACUAAACUCCCCGCUCCACGUGAAGUAUCACCACUCAUACGAACAGCGCGUUGGGGAUUGUUAGCUGCUGGGAUUGUUUAUGGUGCUCUGCGUCUAAAAUAUCUUACUAGAAGGGAAAAGAAGAUAUCCGAACGUGACCGUGCAAUUAUAGAAAAAAGAUUGAAAGAGUACAAUGAAUUGCGUGCUCUACAGGCCCAAAAAUCUCUGGAGGAGUUAUCUAAAGCAACUGGUGUACCGUUGAAUUAGUAGAUAACAUAAUAAACUUUAGAAACUACUGUGAUGUAUAUCACUUCCAUUUUUUUAGAUAUAUAAUCAGUCCACA